CAGCGGCGCAUUUGAGAAUAACGAGUGUGAGUUCAGCUCCAAGACCAUGUAGCUCAGGUAGGAUUACGACCUGAAAUCCUGCAGGAUUAGGGCGGCAAACACAGAAACGCCAGCAGAGCGCCAUCCUUCCUAAAAGAGCCGUGUAUUUCCUCUCGUAAUGUGUACGCCGUCGUGGCAGCAGUUAUAAAGUGGAUUUUGCCCGGCCAUGUCACCACCUCGCAGUCUCCUUCCUGACGGCUUUAAGGGAAACAGAGCAGAGGGUUAAUUUCCAACAAGACCUGGCUGUAGAACUCUAUUCAUCUUCCUCUGUACCUUUGUCUUUUGGUGUCCCACCACUUUCUCCCUCUCUCUCUCUCUCUCUCUCUCGAUCUCCCAUUCUCCCCAUCUCCGGCUCCACCUUCCCAUUCUGCCUGAGCACACCUGAGACAUUCUGUCACUCCACACUCUUCCAUGCCUCCCAAGAAGGACUCCAAUGGCCAGGACAACUAUGGCUUCGCUAUUGAGGGAGAGGAGAAUAUCUUUGAUUUUCCUGUUGGGGGAGAUGCCAAGAGCGGGAGCCAGUCUGCAGAGAAGAGCAGCAACAAACUGGCUUAUUGUGUCACUGAUGUUCCACCCUGGUACCUGUGCAUCAUCCUGGGGAUUCAACACUUCCUGACCGCCUUCGGCAGCAUCGUGGCCAUCCCGCUCAUCCUCUCGCAGAGCCUGUGCCUGCAGCAUGACGGUGUCACCCAGAGCCACCUCAUCAGCACCAUCUUUUUUGUCUCAGGACUCUGCACCUUGCUACAGGUCACCGUCGGGGUCAGACUUCCCAUCCUCCAGGGUGGCACCUUCACAUUUCUGGCCCCAUCCCUGGCACUUCUGUCCACCCCUAAGUGGACCUGCCCAGCCUGGACUCAGAAUGCCUCCUUGGUGAACAGCUCCUCACCAGUGUUCAUGGAGGAGUGGCAGAGCCGCCUGAGGGAGCUGCAGGGUUCCAUCUUGGUGGCUUCCUGCUUCCAGAUCCUGGUGGGCUUCUCUGGUCUCAUCGGUUUCCUCAUGAGGUUCAUCGGACCUCUUACUGUCGCUCCCACCAUCUCCCUGAUUGGGCUGUCCCUGUUCGACUCAGCCGGGACCAGUGCUGGGCACCAUUGGGGCAUCGCUGCCAUGACAGCAGCCUUGAUCAUCCUGUUCUCCCAGUACCUUCGACACGUCAGCAUUCCCAUUCCUGCCUACAGCAGGGCCAGGAAGUUCCACACCUCGCGGAUGCGCCUGUUUCAGGUUCUUCCUGUGCUCCUCGGUGUCACCAUCUCUUGGCUUUUCUGCUACCUCCUGACCAUAUAUGACGUCCUGCCACCCGACCCAGACAAAUAUGGCUUCCUGGCUCGUACUGAUGUGAAGGGGGAUGUUGUAAACCAGACUCCCUGGUUCAGGUUCCCAUACCCAGGUCAAUGGGGUGUACCAACUGUGAGUUUGGCAGGGGUGUGCGGGAUCUUGGCUGGAGUGAUAUCCUCUAUGGUAGAGUCCGUAGGUGACUACCAUGCUUGUGCCAAGCUGUCUGGAGCCCCUCCUCCACCCAGGCAUGCCAUCAACCGAGGGGUGGGCAUAGAGGGGGUGGGCUGUCUGUUGGCUGGGGCCUGGGGCACAGGCAACGGGACCACCUCCUACAGCGAGAAUGUGGGAGUCCUGGGCAUCACCAGGGUAGGAAGUCGCACAGUGAUCUUGGCCAGCGGGAUCUUGAUGAUCUUCGUGGGGCUGUUUGGCAAGAUAGGCGCCAUCUUCGCCACCAUACCAACUCCCGUGGUCGGCGGCAUGCUCUUAGUCAUGUUUGGGGUUAUAUCAGCUGCUGGAGUAUCCAACCUGCAGUACACAGAUAUGAACUCCUCCAGGAAUAUUUUCAUCUUUGGAUUUUCCAUGUUAACUGGGUUGGCCAUUCCCAACUGGGCAUUGAAAAAUUCUGCAGCUAUAGCAACAGGAAUUGUUGAGGUUGACCAGGUAGUUAAUGUUCUCCUGACGACUGGAAUGUUUGUAGGAGGAUUCUUUGGGUUCAUUCUUGACAACACGAUUCCAGGAUCUGUAGUGGAACGAGGCAUAGUGGCAUGGAAGAACACCCACGAGGAGGACUUGGGCGAUACCCUGGACACCAGAGAGGUGUAUGGUCUUCCUUUCAGCCUUGGCUCUUUGGCCUCCUCCCCCUGGGUGCAGCGUAUGCCUUUUUGCCCCUCCACCAGUCCCGUGGCCCAGUCGGACAUCGGCACCAUGGACAGCAAGGAGGCGGAGAAGCCUGAUGCAUCACAUGUCAUUGUGGGAGUGGCCUUAUGAAUGCCAAGAGGAUAUGCAAGAUGUACUGUCUUUCGUAAAGUCUUCUUGAUGUGACUUAAACAUAAGUCCACAUACCUAUAAGUCCAAGGCAAUUCAAGGAUUAUUUUGAGGUGUGGGAGGAGGGGGGGCAACCUAAUCAUUCACUAAUGGUAUAACUUGAAUCAGUGAGUGACAGGAGAGAGGACACUCUAGUGUCCAAUCAGCUUUCAGCUGGGGGCAGUGCCCUCCUGACUUUUCCCUCCAUAUAAGUCCUUUUUGUCUGUAUGUUGCAUUGUGGACCUGGAGGGAUGCUGACUUCUGCCCCUGUGCGCCUCUGUAAGGGUCAUAAGACAAUAAAACCCAACUUGGAUUUGCCCUCCUUUCCCGGUAACAGGAAACCCACCGACGGAUCUGUUUGUGAAACACAAAGCAAUGGAAUAUUCUUUUUCCCGUUUAAUAGCAGUUUAUUUAUGUAUCUGUUCAUAUGAAUUAUAGCUGCUAUUGAUUUACUAUGUAUUUGGUCAAAUUAUCUAUUUUUAGGUCACUUCAGAAAUCCGCCAAUAAUUAAAAUAAUUCUGAACAAG